UGGAGGCUGUGCGGGAGGCAGAUUGCCAUGGGAAGUACCUUUACUUCUGGAAGGCCAGAGAAGACAUGGGAGAACUCCGGAAGACAAGUAUUAGAAGUAUCCAUGGAGAACACUGAACACUCAGUGGAUGCAAAAUCCAUUAAAAAUUCAGAAACAAAGAUCUUACAUGGAAGCAAAUCAGUGGACUCUGGAAUGUUCUUGGACAACAGUUAUAAAAUGGAUUAUCCUGAAAUGGGUUUAUGUAUAAUAAUUAAUAAUAAGAACUUUCAUAGAAGUACUGGAAUGACACCUCGAUCUGGUACAGAUGUAGAUGCAGCAAACCUCCGGGAAACAUUCACAAACUUGAAAUAUGAAGUCAGGAAUAAAAAUGAUCUCACAUGCGAAGAAAUUUUGGAAUUAAUGGACAGUGUCUCUAAAGAAGAUCAUAGCAAAAGGAGCAGUUUUGUUUGCGUGCUUCUAAGCCAUGGGGAUGAAGGAAUAAUUUUUGGAACAAAUGGACCCAUUGACCUGAAAAAAUUAACAGGUUUCUUCAGAGGGGAUUAUUGUCGAAGUCUGACUGGAAAACCCAAACUUUUCAUUAUUCAGGCCUGCCGAGGCACAGAACUGGACUGCGGUAUUGAGACAGACAGUGGAACCGAGGAUGACAUGGCCUGUCAGAAAAUACCAGUUGAAGCAGACUUCUUGUAUGCCUAUUCUACGGCCCCUGGUUACUAUUCCUGGCGAAAUUCAAAGGACGGAUCCUGGUUCAUCCAGUCACUUUGUACGAUGCUGAAACUAUAUGCUUACAAGCUUGAAUUUAUGCACAUUCUUACCCGGGUUAACCGAAAGGUAGCCAUGGAAUUUGAGUCCUUUUCUCUUAAUUCUGCUUUUCAUGGAAAGAAACAGAUUCCGUGUAUUGUGUCUAUGCUCACAAAAGAACUGUAUCUUUAUCACUAAAGAUGGAUGGUUUUUUGGGUUUUUUUUUUUUAAGUUCAUAUGCCAAGUGAGGAAAUGGUUUAACCAAUCCUAUAUUUUCCUCUCGUUUAAAUCUAAUCGAAUACUUCACAUGGUACUUUAGAACCUGCUACUUUCAAAGCAAUAGAACUAUGAGGCUACCUCACACUCAGAAUCAGGUAGUCGAAAUCGAAUUUAAUUAGGAAUAAAUAAAAAUGGAUAGUGGUACAA